GAGUCGAUAUAAAUGCUAAAAACAAGAUAGGCGAAACCGCUCUCCACAUCUCCAUAGAAUACAAUUCGCUUGGCCUAGCAAACUUGCUGAUAGACUUUGGUAUCGAUAUUAACGCAAAUAACUUUCUCCUAUCCCAAGCAACAGCAUUACAUAUUGCUAUUGAAGCGAGAAAUUCGAAAUUGGCUUCGUUGUUGGUAAAACGUCAUACUAAUGUCAAUGUGAAGGAUAGCCGUCAGCAAACACCAUUGCAUAUAGCGGUUGAAAAUAAUUCCAUAGCAGAAUGUGCUCUAUUGAUUGAAUACGGAGCAGAAAUCAAUUUCAAGGACAGUCAUGGGUCAACCCCUUUGCAUAUUGCAGCAAUGAACUGGAGACCAACUUUAGUUAAGUUGUUACUGGAUAGUGGCGCCUCCAUUGAUGGAAUGUUAGAAGAGCCUCAUUCCCUGGCAUACAUCAUAGAAUGGUACACACCUAAAGAUAACCAUAACGAGUUGCGUAGAUUUCUUUCCGUGCUCAAGUUGCUCAUCGAUGCUGGUUGUGACCUUAACGGUGUUCAAUAUGCUAUGGACAAGUUAGAAGCAAAUAUUCCAACACUACGAAACAUGAUGUCCGUGUCGUCCAAUCAACAGUUGAAAAAAAAAUGGAGUAUUGCUUUGGGCUCACCAUCAAAGUAUGAAGCAGGUGACGACGACGAAGUUGAAGUUGAAGAUAAUGAUGAUGAUAUUGAUAUUCACAUUGAUGAAGUUGAGUACUCUCCAUAUCAAUUGAUAGACGAUUUGGUUGAUGGAUUAAAAAACAAUCAGAUACAAGUUGAUAGUAUUCAUCACAAAUAUGGUGGUAUUGGAUUCCCGUCUUUUAAACGCCUUCAGUUACAUGAGACUUUCAUCAUCGACGAAACCGAGUAUCAAAGUAGCACUGCUGGAACAGCUUCAUUCUCACAAAAGCUGGGUACAUUGCACUUUGAAAACAGUUUUACGACAAUCAUUCAAUCCUUGCUCGACUGCGUUUCUGCCAGAAUUUUCACCUCUGCCAACUCCUUUAUGUUGCAGUUGGACGGAUCGUUCGACACAAAGAUGGCAUAA